UCGUCUUGCUACGGCCCGUGCCGGAGAGUCGUCGUCGUCGUCGCGUCGUCUUGCCAUAGGCCAAGAGGUUGUUGUUGCUUCAGUAUUCAGUGUGGUUCAGCAGACUUGCAAAAAUGUUCACAUCUGUCAAUGUACCGUAGUGCGUACGGGUCGUUUGGGUGGGUUUCUGCUCGAUGUUCCGUGGUGCAAGUUGGUGGUCACUUGCUUCCUUCGCGGUGCAGCUGUUGAACAGUCCACGACAGUGUGAUGUUCUGCAUUAGUAGCUGGACGUGUUGUGGAGUUGGUUGUGUCCGCUGAUGGACCAGUGUACAACAGUGAGAUUGAGAGAGAGAUAGAGAGAGAGAGGUGUGUACUGUGUACUACAGUACUACUAGCUGGCUAGAGCUAGAGCUGUCACAGAGAAAGGGUCAAACUCAGAAGAACAGUCAGCGGAUGCUGACCGAGUCUAUCCGUAGUCGUGGUCGCGGUCGUCGUGUUGUUCUGUGUGGAACCCCAGAGUGAAGGUUGAAGGCUCUCUCUGCUGUGUGUUCUCGUGACUCGUGGCGCGGAUUCCGGGUUCUUCCGGGGAACCUUCCCCAAAACAAGCUAGAGCAGCAGUCACCACCUAGAAAGAGGAAGAACACAAUCUAGGCCACACCAACAAAACUCCCAAAAAGCUAUUGGUGCUCUCGCGCGGGUGCGGCAGGCUUAAUUGAGGGGCUAUCGCCGCGCGGAAUUGAUAUCCGGCUCGUUUGCAGUUCGAGCCUUCCGGACUCGAGGACAUCCCCAUUCUUUGAUCGGGGCGAUGACAUUUGAGUCACACAUUUGAAGGAAAAAAGUCACGUGUGAUUCAGAGAAAUCCUUGGAGGUGAAUCAGAAGUGAAAACAGUCAAAGUAAAAUUCAUAAAAAAAGUGAAUAAUUGUGUAAAAUAGUGUAAAAAAGUGUACAAUUUAUAGUUGAUCCCAAAAAGUCUAAUAACCAUUUCUCGAAAGUGUCGUUCGAAUCUCGCUAACAGUUCUUGGUGUGUAACUUAAGGUGUGACGUCCCUACCAAGCAUAAGCAAAAGUGCAUUACGAGUCGGGCUGUGAAAUCACUUGACUCGUAAGCAAACAUUCGCCGAAUUUCGGAACGGAGAGAAGUGUGACGAAGAGAGAGAACGAGCGAAGGCGGUGUGCGGCAGAGAGGAAAGUCAACAUCAUAACAGAUCUCAACUUGUGGUCGACGGCGCACACAAAACACGGAAAGCUUUGGAAAUAAUUAAAAGCUUCCUUCUUCUGGAAAGGAAAACACCGUUUAUUGGACCUUGCAACAAUAUAUUACAGGCUGGUCGCGUGUGUGAACGAGUGUGUUUGUGGGGGUGUUCGUGGGCACGCUUCACCGAGUAUAAUAAUUAAAAAUGAAUUCUAUUGUGUUAAAAGAGGAAGAAAAGAGGAAAUGAAAAAUUGAUAAUGUCCUGUCGGAAAAGCUUCCAAGGCCGCCAAGCCGCCUUGCCGCGCUAAAUGGUAUGAAUUAUUGAAUUUUGUGUUCCUCACCACCAUCAGCAGCACGUGAAGCAGUGCAAAUCACGUGAAAACGAGGCGCCAUUAAACGGCCUGCACACCCCACGUGGACCGCCCCAGGGGGUGGCGAAGAAGAAGCUUUAAUUGAGUGAAAUUGAUAGCGUAGAAGAGGAAAGGAGGAGGAGGAAAAAAGCUCCCGGAACGAUGGCCUCCUCGGCGGUAGCAACGUUGAGUGCGGACGGCAAGACGCAGCCGGCCCAGAACCAGCAGUCCCCGCGGAACACCGGCGGCCAGUCGACGACGGCCGUCAAGCUGGGCACGAUCGAGGUGCCAAAGGCGCUCCAGGAUGGCGAAAAGUUUCUCAAGUGGGAUGAGGAUUCCUGCAAUGGUAUACCGGUGACGGUUCGCGUCGACCCUAAGGGGUUCUAUCUGUACUGGGUUGACCAGAACCACGAGAUGGACCUGCUGGAUAUUGCCACAAUUCGAGACGUUCGGACGGGACAGUACGCCAAAAAGCCACGGGACAUGAAGCUGCGCCAGCUUGUGACGAUGGGCUCCCAGGAUACGCUCGAGGAGAAAACCGUGACCAUUUGCUACGGGGCGGACUUUGUCAACGUGAACUUCAUGAACCUGUGCUGCACCCGGAAGGAGAUUGCGCGGCUGUGGUGCGACGAGCUCCUCCGGAUGGCGUACAAUCUGACCCAGCUAAACGGGCCCUCGAUAAUGUUCCUCCAGAAGGCUUACACCAAGCUCUGCCUACAGGUGGACAAGGGCGGAAAAAUUCCGGUGAAAAACAUCAUCAAACUGUUCGCCAACAGCAAGGAGGACCGGCGGCGCGUCGAGAAAGCGCUGGACGUUUCCGGGCUGGCCUCGGGGAAAGCCGACACGCUGGCGCUGUCCAAGUUUCAGUUCGAGGACUUUUUCAAUCUGUACAAAAAUCUCACCCAAAGAUCCGAGGUGGAGAAGGUCUACGACGAGCUCGUCGGAACGUCCAAGCGGAGGCUGAUGUCGACGUCACAACUGGUGGACUUUUUAAACAAAACCCAGCGUGACCCCCGGCUGAACGAGAUCCUGCAUCCGUACGCAAACACGGCCCGGGCCCGGGAUCUAAUCCAGGAGUACGAGCCGAACAAGUUCAACGCCCAGAAGGGACAGCUCAGCUUCGAUGGCUUUCUGAGGUACUUGAUGUCGGAGGACAAUCCCAUCAUGGCCCACAGCAAGCUGGACCUGUGCGACGAUAUGGAUCAGCCGAUGUCGCACUACUUCAUCAACUCGUCGCACAACACCUACCUGACCGGGCACCAGCUGACGGGGAAAAGUUCCGUCGAGAUCUACCGCCAGAGUUUGCUCGCCGGGUGCAGAUGCGUCGAGCUGGACUUUUGGAACAGCCGCACCGAGGAGCCGGUGAUCGUCCACGGGUACACGUUCGUGCCGGAGAUUUGCGCCAAAGACGUACUAGAAGCAAUAGCUGAAACAGCAUUCAAGACAUCCGAUUUUCCUGUGAUAUUGAGUUUCGAGAACCACUGCAACCCGAGGCAGCAGGCCAAAAUAGCAAACUACUGUCGUGAUAUUUUUGGAGAUAUGUUACUAGAUAGGCCCCUAGAUUCCCACCCGCUCGAGUCCGGCCUGGAUCUGCCCCCGCCGGCGGCACUCAAGCGAAAAAUCAUCAUUAAGAAUAAGAAGAAGCACCACCACCACCAUCAUCACCACAAAAAAGGGGGCGGCCAAGGCGGCACGGGUGGCGUGACCAGUCCGACGGCGGCGGCGAUGGCUGGGGCCGCCGGUGCCAUUGCACCGGGUGUGGCCGGACAAACGAACGCCGCCGCCGCCGUCAGCAAUAAUGGAGCAGCCAACACCACGUCGGCGAUGGCCACGGCAGCGGCCAGUCUCAUCACCACCGGCAGUGGCAGCUUCAGUGCAGCAGCCGGUGCAAGCUUACAACUGCAACAGAGCCAACAGCAGCAGCAGCAAGAGGAAAACACUUCCAGUGCACCACCGUCACCGCUACCACUAGCAUCAAGCACCACCACCACAACCAACGGCAACAUCAACAAUAGCACAAGCACCACCAACGCAACAACACAAGCAAUAGUGACCGGAAACGGGGACGUGACGCACCAUGCACCUCCACUGCAGCAAAUCCGUCAAAGUUCAAAGGAAAGCACCGGCUCGUCGGACACGGACAGCUCGAGCGACGACGAGUCGAUGCCGGGGGCCGUGGUCGGCCCGAUUGGAUCCACCGAGGCGGACAAGGUGCCGCAGACCAAAGAGACUGAAGCGGGCGCGGAGAUUUCCGCCCUCGUCAACUACGUGCAGCCGGUUCACUUUAGCAGUUUUGAAAACUCCGAGAAAAAGGCCCGCUACUACGAGAUGUCGUCGUUCGACGAGAAGCAAGCGACCACCCUGCUGAAGGAGCGCCCGAUCGAGUUCGUCAACUACAACAAGCGCCAGCUGUCGCGGGUCUAUCCGGCGGGGACACGCUUCGACAGCUCCAACUUUAUGCCCCAGUUAUUCUGGAACGCCGGCUGCCAACUGGUUGCGCUCAACUACCAAACCCUAGAUCUCGCGAUGCAGCUCAACCUGGGCCUGUUCGAGUACAACUACCGGUGCGGGUACAUGCUGAAGCCGGAGUUUAUGCGCCGCAAGGACCGCCGGCUGGACCCGUUCGCCGAGAGUACGGUCGACGGCAUCAUCGCUGGUACGGUGAUCGUGACCGUGCUGUCGGGGCAGUUUCUGACGGACAAGAAGGUCGGCACGUACGUUGAGGUGGACAUGUUUGGCCUGCCGGCGGACACGGUGCGGAAAAAAUUCCGAACACGGAUCGUGCGCGAUAACGGAAUCAAUCCGUGCUACGGCGAGGAGCCGUUCGUUUUCAAGAAGGUGGUGCUCCCGGAGCUGGCCAGCAUUCGGAUAGCGGCGUACGAGGAGGGUGGGAAGCUGAUCGGGCACCGGGUGCUGCCGGUGAUUGGACUGUGUCCCGGGCUGAGGCAUCUGACGUUGAGGACCGAGGUGGGACAGCCGAUCACGCUGGCGACGCUGUUUCUUUCGAUUGUCGUGAAGGAUUACGUUCCGGAUGGAUUGUCUGAGCUGGCGGAAGCGCUCGCCAAUCCGAUCAAGUACCAGAGCGAGCUGGAGAAGCGCUCGGAACAGCUGGCGGUGCUGCAGGAGGACAUGGAACCGAUCGAGGAAGAUUCAUUUGUGAUUGUUUCCCUAGGUCCGCGGAAGGAUACACUGAAGACCAGUGACAACGUGACCGGAAGUCCCAAGCACCGGACGAGCAUACAACCGCCGUCGACGACCGGCGCCACGGAAAGCAGCACAGACCACGAGCGGGAAACCCCGCUGGAGGUGAUCUCCAAGGUGGUGGCCCUACCCGUAGCUCAGUCCUCCGUCGACAGGACCAGCCCAAUGCUGGUGAAGCAAGUCACAAUCCAACAGCAGCCCACGACAAUCCAGGAAAAGCACGACAGCAAAGGACACACGACGGCCGGCGCAGAUCACACCAUCAGCAAAAUCGUAGCCGACCCGUUGGAAAAGAUCUUCGAGGACAAACAGGUCCGCAAGAAGCGGGACGCCCUGGAGAAAGAACUGAAAGCACUGAAAAAGAGCCACGACAAGGAAAAGAUGAAGCUCACCUCGCAGAAAAGUGGCGACCUAACCGACGGCAUCAAAAAGAGCAAAUUCGGCAUGGGCAACAAGCUGGUGAAGCGGUUCAGCAGUAAAAACAUGGCCGACAUGAACAUCCGGAUACCGCCGUGUGUCAAUCCGGACGGGGAUAAUGCGUGUGAUAAUAGUGCGCAUGCCGAGCGGCUCAAGCAGGUUUGUCGCGACCACGCGAGCAGCUAUCGGGACGUGUUGGAAAAGUACCAUGAGGUGAUUUACAACCUGGCCGACGAUUUGCUGCGGCAGUCGCAGGAGAACCAGAUGAAGCAGAUGAAGACCAACAUGGAGCGCGAAACGAGCGAGGUGAUGCGACAGCUCCAACUUUCGCGAAAAAACGAAGUCAAACAGCUAGCCCAGGUGCACAAAGACAAGGACGAGUUGGAAAGAAUGAAACGCGAAGUGGACUCCACGCUGGUGGAAAAGGGCGUGGCCGAGCGGGUCCGGCUGACGGCCACGUACGAACGCAAACGGGACGAGCUGCAGCGGCAGCACGACCUCGUCAAGCAGGGCCUCGAUGAUCAUCGGGCGAAGGCCAAAGCGAUGCUCGACAAGGAGGCGGAAUCUCACGCGUGCAUUUCGGAGACGUUCCUGGCCCAUCUCAACACGAGUGCGAGCACGACCAGCUGCUCGUCGGUGGCCACGCUACCCACCACAUCCCUGUCCAGUGGGAAUCUGUGCGGCAGUGCAGCUGGCGGUGGCACCAUCACCAAAUCGGUCUCGACGUCGUCGACGAACGCGCACGGAAACAACGUUAACAAUACUCACGCCUAGAGGAACUCCUCCUCGCUGGAAGAGGGCGGUGUGAUAAGUCGAUGCUAGUCAUUUAGGAGAAAGAGAAAAGAAAAACAAUCAGCAAUUUUGGGGAGAAAUUUGAAGCACCGGAGAGAGAACCAAACAAAACGACGAUUCUAUAUCCCACACUUUGACUGAAACUCAACUGAAAAAGGAGUAAAUUUUGCUUUCGCGGAGUCACGUCGCACGACUCCGCCAUUUUGUGUACAAAAAAGGGAAUUCCAUUUACGUUUUCUGUGACGGAAAUUACUGGCCUAAUUAGAAUUAUUUUAAAACAUCAACUCUACGAAAAAAAAACAAAAAUCCAAACGCUUCGACGCGAGUCGUCACUCGCAGCUUGUGUAUUUUCGCGCUCAUGUACAGAAAUGUGUUUUGUGAAAGAAGUCGUCUAAACAUUUUACCACACACGAGUCUGUUUAUUAUUUUACGAUAAACUUUCUUCCCCUCAACAGGAAACCAAUAAUAACAACAACAAAAAACGCAAGAAGGGAAAUUGUAAGGUUAGCGCAAACUUGUACAUCCGGAGGGGCUUGGCGGAAACAUGUUAACGGGUAAAACAAACAAAACAAAACUGCAAAAAUUAUCGCAGAAAUAGAGAAACAAUCAGAGCCGGCACAAAUGUUGGAGAGAAGCAACAGUAAUAAAUAAAAGAAGUAGCUAAUAACAAGUAUAGACAAAUUGGAAACGUAGUAUUGGAGAAAAUGGAACCCAUAAUACUUAUUGGAGAAUCUCAUUAGGGUAGCGGGAAAAGAGGAUUAUUGUUGGGCAUGAUUUGUGUAACAGAACAAUAGAAAAUGGGAUGGCCAUGAAGGAAAUGUGUUGGUUGUUCUCAGUUUGGUUUCAGAUAACUUUUCCAAACACUGAUUCUUGCAAGCGAUCGUUUUCACAAAAUUUUAUGUCAUACAACAUUUCUGCAAACUUGUAUGACCUAAUCUCACCCUUUCCAGACCUAAUAUGUCCCCCUAUGACAGUUUAAGAUUUGGUUAUUUUUUUAGAUUUUUUUUUGUGAUCAAGCAGAAAACUAAAACUUUAAAAAUAAAAAGAUUGACAAAUUUAAAAAAAAUCGCAUGUUUCAAAACUAAAUUAUAGAAAAAAAAUCAAAAAUCUUUACUCCAUUACACAUCUUUAAUUGAUAUUUUUGUUCGUCGUGUACAAAAUUAAGUUCCAGCUACAUAUUAAAUACAACAACGGAAACUUGGAUCUUAAUAAACACCGUAUUUUUCAAAAAUACUUAAAUUUUCAUAAUUUGCAACGAAGCGAAAUUUUGUACGCUUUUUAGCAUUUAUGAAAGUUAAAGUUAAGUAAAAACUAGAAUUUCUUAAAAAAAACCGCAUUUUUACAAAAAUACUCACAUAUAUGUAAAAACAGCAAGCCGAGAAAAACGCAAGGUAAAUUUGUCCCACCCAUAAGACUCCGUGUUAGGGUUUCACGAAAAAGUGUAAUUUGAACGGUUUUCUGAAAUAAACUAUUAAAUUUUAUUGGGUUUGUUGAAAGUUCACAUGAUUUUGAACCAAACUGCAUCGUUUACUCAAAAUUGACGAAAUUGCAUAUGAGACGGACUUGAUGGAGCGGCAGAAUAUUGGUUUCAAACGCAGUAAAAUUUUAUUUUUUUUUUUUUACUUCAAUUGAUUUUUUUUGUAAAACACUUAAAUUUUUACAAAACAUCGUAUUUUUCAAAAAUACUGAAAUUUUUAUAAUUUGCAAUAAAGAUAUCAGACGAUUUGGCAUUUUUCAAGCAAUUUCACUGAUUUAGAUAUUUUUGGAAUUAAAUGCUGAAAGAGCUAAAAUUUUAAUAAUUUGCAAUAUGGUUUUCAAGCUAUUUGAAAUUUUGCAUGCAUAUUUACUGGUAAGUGUUUCUUGAAUGAAAUACUUAAAUUUUCCAAAUUACCGUAUUUUUUGAAAACGUUUAAAUUUUCAUAAUUUGCAAUACUGAUGUUCUAAAAAAUAUGAAUUAAAAUAGAAAUAAUAAUGCUUGCUAAAUUUUAAAUCGUUUGAUACUUAAAUUGCAAAUUAUGAAAAAUUUAGUGCUUUCAAAAAACAAUAUUUAGUGAACAUUUUAAUAUUUCAUCCUAAAACUCUUCAACAGUUAAAAAACACUAAAAAUUUCGGAUCGUGUGAUACCCAUAAUGCAAAUUAUGGAAAAAAAUAGUACCAUAGAAAACACAGAAUUUGGUGAAAUUUUUUGGAUUAAAUUCCAAAAGCUCUAAAGAAGUGUAAAUGCAUGCAAAAUUUUCAAUCGUUUGGGAACCAUAUUGCAAAUUAUUAAAAUAAAGAAAAGAAAAAAAUACAACAGUUAAAAAAAAUAAAGCCCACGGUUUAAACAUUUGAAAGAGCAAAGUGUUUUUUUCCAGUUGUUAUGCAAUAAUAAGAUUUCAUAAUUUCAAAGACUUGAUGAAAAAUUUAUUUUCGUGAGAAAAAAAGUUUUUGCAGCGCUGAACAUUGUAAUUACAUAAUAGUUCAAAAUAUUUAUAAAAGAACUCAAACAAGCUGAAUAUGGGUAUGAAUUAAAUCUUUCAGUUUUAUGAAAAAAUGUUUGCAAUUAUUUUCCAAUUACAAUUCGGUUUUAUUGGUAAAUAAUCACGCUAAAAUAAUUUUUUUUAACCAAUUCAUAACAGUGUUUUGGACAUUCUUUCAGCUGUGUGUUGCAUCAUAAUCCAUUUUGGAACAAUUAUUUCUAUAACUCAAAAAAAAUUCUAUUACUAUAAGAGCAAAAAAUAAAUAAAAAAAAGUUUGCUAACAUUGCAAAGGAAAUCAGAAAGAAAGAGAAAAAGCUCAUAACUAGAUCACAGUUUUUUAUCCUUUGUAGAUGUGCUUGAUCAUCAGCUCCCCAAGGGCCAGAAAUUGCUCCGCCUUGUUGCGGCAGGUCCAUUUGCAAUUAUUUGUUUAAAACUGUACUGUACUGCCCAUGUUCGCAUAAAUUUCCUAUAUGUUUUUCAACAUUUCUAAAGAUUUUUGAAAAAAACCCAAUCAUUCUAAAAAAUGAUUGGGUUUUUUCAAAGAAGAGUUUGAUUUUAAAAUUAUUUAUGCUGAUUGCACUUGAAUUUCCAUAUAAAAAUUUAAGUUUUCUGAAAAUAUAUUUUUUGCCUUCUGAUUUCUUAGACCAAAAAAAGAGAAGUAGGUAAAUUGGUUUAAACCUCGGAUUAUUGAACCUGUUUUUUUCUUCAAAUUUUGUAUUAGGUAUUAGCGGAACUUCAUGUAAUUCCAUCGGGCAUAUAAGCACUUAGGCGUACGAUUACAGCUUCUAAAAAGUUUUUCCAUAGUUUAUAUCGAAUUUUUUGCUAAACAAUUUGUUGAAAUAAUGAGAAACGGGAAAUUGGAAGUUGGAAUUGGAGCCUAAGGAUUCGGCUCCAAUUCCAACUUCCAAUUUCCUGCUAAACAUAAGAUAAUUUCCCACUGUUUGAUAUUUUUUUUAAAUAAUUUUCUCAGCUUACUAAAUAAUAAAACACAAAGUGGCUACGAACUGAAAUUUGUUUUUUUGUCAUUUAAACAAAAAUCAAAAAUAAUACCAGAUCAGUACAUAAAUCCUGUUUCUCACGUAUGAGUUCAAGCAACCCGUUUCCGUUUUGGCCAAUUAUAUUUUUUUUGCUCGAAAUACUUGAAAAUAAUUUUAGUCUUUCGUUUAAAUUGGCACUAGUUUUAUUUGCCCUGGUUACGCCCAUUUAACCACAAAGCUGUUACAACAAAUUGCUUCGUUUGCGUCGUUCAGAGUUGAAAGCAUUAGCACAAGUUUAUUCAGCGCAUAUUUGUACUGGAUCCGGAAAUUGAAUUUUGUAGAGCAGCAGAUUGAAUUGAAAGUUUGCCAGAAGCAGCAACCAGUAGACAUAUUGAGAAAAAAACACAUUAUCUAGUUCUAUUCGAUGUUGACGUGUUUGUACUAGUUAAAGCAAUUGAGAAGAAGAAAAAACAGCAAAAAACUAAACUAAACAGAAAAAUAUGAAAAACAACCAGUAAUCCAAUAAAAAACAAACCAGUAGCAGUUAAGAACAGACUUGUCUUGUAAGUACUAAAACAAACAAAAAAGCGGUCAUUUCCAGUAAAUACCGUGAAUACCAAAACGCAACGCACUAUUUGAAUUGAAUGUUUGACUCCUUCGCAGGAAAUAAAAUAAAAAAACGGGGACAUAAAACCACUUUAAUACAAUUCACACAACAAUCCACAGCAAACGAGAGGAAACUUUAAAGUCGCACACGUGUCCUAAUCUGUACUUUCUCUGCUCCCGAGUGUGAUGAGCGUGUGUGUAUUGCGUGGAAUUUGUUGUGGGAUUGUAGAAGGAUUUCAAAGGAAAAAAAACAAAUACUUAUCUAAAAGGGUAUCAAGAUAUCAAGUUAAACUAUUGGCAGAUUAGUAGGCGUAGGAUCUUCGAAUGUGUGACGGUUUUUAGGGAGGGCAGAAUGGUGUAUAGUCAAAUCAGUAGGAAUUAGGACACGCAAUAUGGUGAUACUUAAUAGUAAGGAGGAAUUGGAGGAGGAGCAGGAUCGUUCCGCUAACCUUGUUGGAGACGAUGGGAAAGGGAAAUCUCAGAAAGUAGCAUUAUCUUAGAAAUUUACCAAUUUUCGACUGUAACGUUAGUCUGUAGUACGGAAAGGAAACAAACAAAAAAAUCUUGUAAAUAAACACUCUUAUUUAUUAUGAUUUUCGCUUUUUUGUUACGUUUUUCUUCAUUUCCCUCGAGAGCAGUUCUCUAAAAAAGCUGAAAUUUUUACUAUGUGGAUUAUUUUUUUACGACUGAAACUUUGUGUAGUUAAAUUUCAUGCUAAAGAUAUUCAAAACACGAUUUUUUUAUUUUCUUUUGUUAUUGGACUCAAACUUUAUGGGUGGUCUCUAUGACCAAUGAAACUAUUUUGUGUCAUUGGUUCACCAAUACAAGCCUCUAUACAAUUUUGGCAGCUGUCCAUACAAAACGGUACGUGAAUAUUUGAAGAAAAAAAAACUUAUGAAGGAAUUGUCUGAUUCAUUUGGUUUCUUCGGCAAAUUUGUAGGUAUUGAUGAGAACUAUUCAGAGAAAAAAAGGUACAAGGAAAAAAAAUUGCCUAUUUUUUAUAAUUUUUUUAACACAAAAACCCAAUUUGCUGAAAUCCGUAUUUUUUUUUAUUUUCAAGAAUUUUUGAUGUUUUAAAUGACCAAAACCUGCAACUUUUGAGCCAUAGAGAAGUUAUGUUACACAUUUUAGUCAAUUUUUACCUUUUAUAAUGCGUAAUUUAUAUUUUUUCCACUAUAAUUAAGGUAAUAUUACAUCAUAAAAGAGGUACCAUUAAGGCUUCCAAUUUUGAACCUUACAAAUUUACACGAUUUUUGACUGUGUAUGUGUAAAAAGAAGUUUGGCUCACUCACACACUUUUUAGUUGAAAUCUUGGAAUAGAGACCAAAAAUGCUGUAGAGGUGUAGAACGAACAACUUGACUCGAUUAAAAAUAAAAGUGUAAAUUAACAAAAUGAAAUUACACAUUUUACGCACAAAUUAAGGUAAAUUUUUCACCAAGCACAAUAACACUGUAUCACUGUGUACUUUCCAUUACAAUUUUCCAAUUUCUGGUUUAUUCUCCCUUUUCUUGUGUAAUGUCACCUUUUCAGUCUAAAUUGAAUUAAAAUUACAUCAUAAAAGAGGUAAUAUUCAACCUUCCAAAAUUAUACUUUCCAAAUUUACACUUUUUUUUAAUCUUUAAUGUCAGCAAAAAUGAAUUAUUUUCCCCCUUAAAAUGUGUAAAUUUACCAUUGUUCCGUUGUAAUGCCACUUUUUCAGUCUAAAUUGGGUCCUACAAUUAGGCUUAAAUGUGUGAUAUUGUUGUUCACAAAGAUAAAGCUUGUAUUCCUGAGUACAAAAACCCUUUGUACGACCGCAUACACAGUAAAAAAAUGUGUAAAUUAGGAACGUGUAAAUUUAGAAGGUUGAAUAUUACCUCUUUUAUGAUGUAAUUUUACCUCAAUUUAGACUAAAAAAGCGACAUUACACCAAAAUAGUGGUAAAAUUACACAUUGGUCCUACUUGACAGCUCGUUCCAAGGGGACCAUAGUUGAUCCAUCGAAAAAAUGUUGUUUUGUUAAUUUAUUUUUAUGUAAUAAAAUAAAAAAAAGUGAUCAGAAAUGGGGUUUUUACCAUUGUACGUAAAAAUUUACAUAGGGCUUUAGGACCCUUUUGAGGUAAUAUUACACCACAAAAGAGGUAAUUUUAAAACUUUCAAUUUUACACAUUUUUUUUACUGUGUACACACUUAGAUUUUUUGCUGAAUUCAGUAAAUUUUACCAAAUUACCAAACUGCUGAACAGUUCGGUAAAACCGAAAAUUACCGAAAAAACCAAAAUUCGUUGAAGGAGUUCAUCAUUGUUUAUUGUACAACCGAGAUUCGAUAAAAUUUCGUUCUUUUUGACAGAUAGUUUGCCGAUCUACACAGUAAAAAUUGUGUAAAUCUGGAAGGUGUAAUUUUGGAAGGUUGAAUACUACCUGUUUUAUGAUGUAAUUUUACCUCAAAUUUGACUGAAAAAGUGACAUUACAUCAGAAAAGAGAUAAAAAUACAAAUUUUCAGAGGUAAAAUUACACAUUUUUACCCCUUCCCAGAAAUAAUAUUACCAUGAUUUUUUUUACUGUGUAAACUUUACCGAUUUUUCUACUAACGAAUUUGGUAAAAAAAAUUUAAAUGUGUUACAGUAAAACAUUGGGUAAAUUUGAAAGGUUGAAUAUUACUUCUUUUGCGAUGUAAUUUUACCUCAAUUUAGGCUGAUAAGUGUCAUUACACCAGAAAAGUGGUAAAAUUACAAAUUUUCAGAUGUAAUAUUACACACUUUUUCUGACAUAGAAGAUGUAACCCGAGAUGUAAUAUUACCAUGAUUUUUUUACUGUGUACAUGAUAUUCUCUGCACGGUAUAAAACUUGUAAAUUUGAAAGGUGUAAAAUUAAAAGCUGUAAUAUUACCUCUUUUAUAAUGUAAUACUACCCCCAUUUAGACUAAAAAGUGGCAAAAUACUGGAAUAGUGGUGAAUUUACACAUUUUGAGAGGUAAAAUUACAAUUUUUUGGCAUACAAGAUGUACCCAUUCCAAGAUGUAAAAUUACCAUGAUUUUUUUUACUGUGUGGCCUAUUUCGUAAGGAAUGGACAGUGUGUCCAUCGGACACCCGAGUACCUUCGAGUAAGACGUUAUUAAUUGUCAAAAGUGCACACACAAAAAAAUUCCGAAUGCUACAUGAUUUAUGAUGUAACACUCUUGCACUUCAUUAAACAUUUAAAUUUAAAUGCAAUUUGAUGUAAAUUUGCAACAAAUUAUACGUAAAAACAUGAUUUUACGUGUGAUUCAACCGUCUACGUCGAAUCUCAAGUUUACAUCAACUGAGUUUACAUGUGAUUCAUUUUUUCCAUGUCGAGUAAAUUCACAUAUAUUUUUUCUGUGUGUAACUCUGAAGAGGUUAACUUCGAAGGUGUUCAUUUUUGAAUACAGUUUAACAUUAAUCAAUGUGUAUAAAGUAAAAUUACUUGGAAGAGAUGUUAAUUUAAAUAUUGUUAACGUUAAACUAUACUUUUUGACGACAAUCUGUCUACACUAUCACACAGAAAAAAGUGUAAAAUUGGAAGAUUUAAAAUUUCCUCUUUAAGGAAGUUUAUCGAUAACGUCGUUUUGAUAAUGAAGUACUAGUUAUUUGAAGAGUUAUUUUUUGAAUGAUUUUCCAAUAAGGUUUCUUUUAAUCGUGUACACAAAAUUUCAGUCGAAUAAUUAUUAGAAAAAAAAAACCUUUCUAGAGAACUGCUCUUCUGUUAUCUCAAUGACAAUCAAUGAAUGACAACCGGCUCAUUCUCGCAUUCUUUCGUCAACGAUUAACCUGAUAGUGUGAACGAGCGUUUGAGUGUUUGCGCCUGUGUGAAAAGUUACGAUACAUAACACUGUUUUUCGCUAGUUUUUAUGUUGUGUAAAUUGGAGUUUCUCAAAACAGAUUUCAAACAAAUGGAUGUUUAAAAAAGUAUUUACUAGAAAAGGGUAAAAUAAAAAUACACUUUGACGCUGUGACAACAACAAAAAAAGAUAUUGAAAAAAUAUAACAAUGGGUAAAAUAGAAUUUGUAACUAUCCGCAACACACUGUGUGCUCUGUGACGAGUAAAUUGAUAACAAGGAAAAAUCAACUUUUUCUAUCUCUAUGUGCCUUGUGUAUAAAAAAUUUACAUCUUUACUUUGAAAAACGAUCAUCGGAAAAAACCUACAUCUAUUAUAUACAUACUAGUCAUGAAAUGGAAAGGAAGGAAAGGAAAAAAACAACAAAUUUAUAUUAUCACUCAACACAUUUAGGCGUUAAACACCCAGUUGAAAACAAUGUUGCUAGCAUAUAUUGGAUAGCAGUUAAAGAGUAAAAGAAAACAUAAAACAGAGCAAAAUCGAUAACACCAUUCCACAACAUGUGACGCAAGUAAGAUAACAACUACUUUUUAUGAGUGUUAACCAUUAAGUGAUACCCACCAUAACCACCAGCAACAACCAAACUGAACCACUCUCACCGAAAAACUUCCAUCCAUCUGUGUGUAGACGAAAAAGAUGACGAAAAAAGAAAACAUUUAAAAAGUACACAUCUCACCACAUCUCUCUUCUUAUGAUUGAAGUGAACUUUUCUUCCUUGGUCGAAUCGAACUUCAACUGAAAACAGUACUAAACAACUAUACUUUGGGUUUCAACCAUCAAUGUCUCUCGACUUUUUUCUACCAAAAAAAAGAUAGGGGCAAAUACAACUAAGAAGCAACUAAGCGGAUUAUAUUAGUGCAAGCACUGUCUGUACAUUUUCAAACUACGAAAACAAAACAAAGAAAACAGUAUCUAAUUGUGACUAAAGAAAAAAAAACAAUUUACCAACAAGCGAAAGGCUUAAAACAAUUGUACAGCAUUGUAACCAAUAGAGGAAACAGAACAAACAUUUGCAUCUUGGAAUCAAACCAUCUUGGAAACAAUCAAGCGCAACCGCAAAACACUAACCUAACUUGGCAGCAAAAGCUCUUCUGAAGAGUGGCAAUAAUAUAAGUACCACCACCACCAUCAGCAACACAAUAUACUAGAAAGAAAAAAAAAAACAAACACACACAGCAAGUCUCUAUUUAGUGAAUUUGA